AUGGCCGAACAAGAAGAAGACUUCUCUCAGCUCCCUCUUCCCGAUAGAUUUGUGCACAAAAACUGGAAAGUUCGAAAGGAGGGCUACGAAGCCGCCGCCAAACAGUUCGAGAUUACUCCCGAUGAAUCAGACCCCGCGUUUAGACCUUUCCUACAAGAUCCCGGCCUCUGGAAGUCGGCGGCUGGAGACGCCAAUGUUGCGGCACAGCAGGAAGGACUGGCUGCUUUGUGCGCAUUCUUGAAAUAUGGAGGACUACAAGCGGCCGCCAGAUCGCGCAACUACACCCUGCAACCGAUCUACGAAAAGGGAUUGGUGUCGAGUAAGCCCCAGGCCAAAGUAAGCGCUCUUGAGGCUUUGUUAUUGUACAUCGAGUUGGACAAGGCCGAACCCGUCAUCGAAGAGUUACUGCCUGGGUUGUCGCACAAACAGCCUAAAGUCAUCGCGGCCACCCUCGCUGCCAUUACCGCCAUUUUUCACAAUUAUGGUAUCAAGGUCGUCGAUCCGAAGCCGGUGAUCAAAUUGUUACCGAAGGUGUUUGGACAUGCCGACAAGAACGUCCGAGCGGAGGCACAAAAUCUUACGGUGGAGUUGUAUCGGUGGCUGAAGGACGCGCUGAAGCCGCUUUUCUGGAACGAACUGAAACCCGUGCAGCAACAGGAUCUCGAGAAGUUGUUCGAAAAAGUCAAAGAAGAGCCUCCUCCAAAGCAAGAACGUCUCACGAGAUCUCAACAGGCCGCAUUGGCUACCGCACCAGCAGCCUCCGGGACCGAACAGCCCGAAGAUGGGGCCGAGGUUGACGAGGCUGAAGGCCAGGCCGAACCCGAAAGUCUGGAUCCUUUCGAUUUUGCAGAACCAGUCGAUGUCUACUCAAAAAUUCCCGCCGACUUCUUCGACAUGGUGGGCUCAACGAAAUGGAAGGAGCGAAAAGAUGCCCUGGAUGGCCUCUUCAAUAUCGUCAAUACGCUAAGAAUCAAGGAAGGCCCCUUCGACGACUUGGUGCGCGCGUUGGCGAAAUGCAUGAAGGACGCCAAUAUUGCAGUUGUGACGGUGGCAGCCAACUGCGUAGAAAAGCUGGCACUCGGUCUAAGAAGACCCUUUGCCAGAUAUCGGUCGACGAUCAUGUCGCCAAUGAUGGAAAGACUCAAGGAGAAGAAACAGUCUGUUGCCGAUGCGCUCGGCGCCGCCCUUGACGCAGUAUUUACUGUCACGUCCCUUACAGAUUGUCUCGAAGAGACAUUAGGCUUUCUGUCCAACAAGAACCCCAACGUCAAGGCAGAGACAAUCAAAUUCCUUGUGGGAUGUCUGCGAAAGACGCCAGACGUGCCUUCAAAAGCGGAACAGAAGCUUAUUGCCGAUGCGGCGACAAAAUUGUUGACCGAGUCUACCGAGGCGAUCAGAGCCGGAGGUGCAGAGAUCCUUGGGACGCUGAUGAAGAUCAUCGGUGAACGCGCAAUGAACCCUCAUCUGGAUGGUCUAGACGAUAUCCGGAAAUCCAAAAUCAAGGAGUUUUAUGAUACAGCGGAGGUAAAGGCGAAAGAGAAGCCCAAGGCAGCCCCGCCGCCUGCGAAACCAACCUCUGCUGUCGGACGGAAAGUUGUUGCAGGCUCAAAGAAGCCAGUUGCGAAGAAGCCGCCGCCAGCUGCACACCCGCAAGAGGCUACACCGCUUCGCCCAAAACCGACGGCGAAAGCCCUUCCAAAGACUGGGGGCCUGGCCCGCCCUGGUCUGGCACAACCGUCUGCUCUCAAGCUAGGCGGACUCAAGAAGCCUACGGCUGGUGGUCUUGGAAGUGCAGCUGCCAGCCCGCAGCGACGAGUGAUGUCGCCUCCCAGAAGUGCCGAGAGUUAUGAUGAAGCACCCGCUCCCUCACCAUCAAAGUUUGGUAUGGGACGGGGUGGUCUCGCUGGACGCCCUUUAUCCCGACCUGCCGCCACUCCCUCGUCUCCCCCACCAGCAGCACCGGUUUCAAAUGGUCUUUCCGCACUCGAACGUGAGGAGCUGGAAGAGUUACGUGCCGAAAAAGAACGACUUUUGGCCUUGACCGAGAGCCUGCGAAGCAGCAAUGCCAAAUUAACCACCGAGAUAACCGAGCUGCAAAACCAGAAUGCGCAGUUGAUAGAGGAUCACACCCGGGACGUGCUCCAGAUCAAAGCCAAAGAGACCCAACUGGUGAGAGCGCGAGGAGAGUGCGAUGUGUUGAAGGCUGAGGUGGAGAGUGUGCGGAAAGAAUGCGAACGGUACAAGCGAGAAGUCACAAGAUUGGGACGUGAAGGUAUCGGGCGCGAAAGAGAAGAUCUGAUGCGUGGACGAACCAUGGAUGACAGUCUGAAUUAUGGCAGCGAAAGUGCUGGCAUCUACGAAGAUCACACCAUGAAUCGAUUCCCUGCGAACGGUAGCACCAUUCCUCCGAGGCCGACUAGCAGCGCUCUGCAGAGAAAUGGAAGCACCCAGAGCACCCAGAGCGCGCAGAGCAGUCGUACACAGACCUCAAGACCACGACCUCAGAGCGGAUACUCGGCAAAUCGACUAGAGGUCAGUCCGAGCGAGGAAAAGGAGAAUAGCGGUCUCGAUGUUUUGACUGGGAGACGGAAGAUCAGCCCACCCGUCGCCGGAGCACCCAAUGGCAGUGACAGAACCAGUCCGCAGCGACCUACUUUCUCCAGCAGAGACACAAGCGAUUCCGGUACUGUUGCGUCUAGGGAACCAAGAGCGGAGGAGAACUGGAAGAGAGCAGCCGAAGUGACGAGUCAACUGAAGGCGAGGAUCGAGGCUAUGAAGGUAUGUCAUUGA